CUUCGCUGUUUCGAUUCGUAUGAUCAAAAAGUAAAAUGGGACAAAAUCAAUCUGGUACUGGUGGUACAGGAGGUGACAAGAAGGAUGAUAAAGAUAAAAAAAAGAAAUAUGAACCACCUAUUCCAACAAGAGUGGGUAAAAAGAAAAGACGUACAAAAGGACCUGAUGCUGCUUUAAAGUUACCACAAGUUACACCACAUACACGUUGCAGAUUAAAACUUUUAAAAUUAGAACGUAUAAAAGAUUAUUUAUUAAUGGAAGAGGAAUUUAUUAGAAAUCAAGAAAGAUUAAAACCACAAGAAGAGAAAAAUGAAGAAGAAAGAUCUAAAGUUGAUGACUUACGUGGAACUCCAAUGUCUGUAGGAACAUUAGAAGAAAUAAUUGAUGAUAAUCAUGCAAUAGUAUCUACAUCUGUUGGUUCUGAACAUUAUGUAUCAAUUUUAUCAUUUGUGGAUAAGGAUCAGUUAGAACCUGGAUGUUCAGUUUUAUUAAAUCAUAAAGUUCAUGCUGUUGUUGGAGUUUUAGGAGAUGAUACAGAUCCUAUGGUUACAGUAAUGAAGUUGGAGAAAGCUCCACAAGAAACUUAUGCAGAUAUUGGUGGACUUGAUACACAAAUUCAAGAAAUUAAGGAAUCUGUAGAAUUACCUUUAACACAUCCAGAAUAUUAUGAAGAAAUGGGUAUUAAACCUCCAAAAGGAGUUAUACUUUAUGGUCCUCCAGGAACUGGAAAAACAUUGUUGGCAAAAGCUGUUGCUAAUCAAACUUCAGCAACUUUUUUAAGAGUCGUUGGUUCUGAACUUAUACAAAAAUAUUUAGGAGAUGGUCCUAAACUUGUUAGAGAGUUAUUUAGAGUUGCAGAAGAACAUGCUCCUUCAAUUGUAUUUAUAGAUGAAAUAGAUGCUGUAGGCACCAAACGAUAUGAUAGCAAUAGUGGAGGUGAACGUGAAAUUCAAAGAACUAUGUUAGAACUUCUCAAUCAACUUGAUGGUUUUGAUAGUCGAGGAGACGUUAAAGUGGUAAUGGCUACAAAUAGAAUUGAAACUUUAGAUCCAGCAUUAAUCAGACCAGGUCGAAUUGAUAGAAAAAUAGAAUUUCCAUUGCCCGAUGAAAAAACAAAACGGAGAAUAUUCAGCAUUCAUACUAGUAGAAUGACUUUAGCACCUGAUGUAAAUUUAGCAGAAUUAAUUAUGGCUAAAGAUGAUCUUUCAGGUGCAGAUAUAAAGGCUAUAUGUACCGAAGCUGGUUUAAUGGCAUUACGUGAACGCCGUAUGAAAGUUACUAGCGAUGAUUUUAAAAAAUCUAAAGAAAGCGUUUUAUAUCGGAAAAAGGAAGGAUCUCCCGAAGGAUUAUAUUUAUAAAAAUAUUAUAAUUAAUGUUUUUUAUUUAUGAUUCAAAUUUGAUGCUUUACAUGCUAAUAAAAAAUACAAAUAACUUUA